AUGAACGUCUUCCCAGAAAAGCGAGGAACGAUCUCUCUUUUUGCCUCCAAAGGCCAAAGAGAGGGGGCCAUUGUUGCCGUCAUCCUCGAGGAACUCAAACUCCCCUAUCACCUCUAUCUGGACAAAAAACUAGAAGAUAUUGGUGCGCAAAGCUUUCCCGUGCUCAGGAACACGCAAAGCGACGGCGAGUCCGUCAAUCUUUCCGGGUUCCACGAUGUUGUGUCGUACCUGAUUACGCGCUAUGACACGGCGCACGAUGUGUCCUAUAAGAAGGGCUCUAAGGAGGAUGAAGAGGUAAACAGAUUAGUCGCAUCUUUAACUGAGCCCAAUGCAGCCCAUCCGGAAGAGCGUCGCUUCGAUCUCGAUGCAAAGGAUGACAUCCCCUUCGCCAGAAAGGCUAUCAUAACUACCUGGUGGGCAAGAAAUGCACUCUUGCGGACCUCGUCCACCUCCCCUACGUGGCUGCCGCAGGCUCAGCUGGUCUCGACCUGGAGAGGUUCCCGGAGCUGA